UUGUCUUUUGCGAAUGUGUUGUGAACCGUAAAAUGGACGAUACAAAAGUAAUAGAACAUUUUUUUGGUGUGUAUUUGCUAUAUUGUACAAAUCCAAAAUAUAAAGGAAGAACAUAUAUAGGAUACACGGUUGAUCCUCGACGUAGAAUCAAGCAACAUAAUGCUGGAAAAGAACAUAACGGAGCUUGGAAAACAAGUAACAAAGGACCAUGGGAAAUGAUAUUGGUAGUUCAUGGUUUUCCAAAUAGUACGUCUGCACUUAGGUUUGAAUGGGCAUGGCAACAUCCUCAUGUUAGUCGGCGUCUUAAACAUGUGCCUAAAAAAAAGUCGAACCAGAAAAAGUUUGAAUUUUGUUUAUUAGUGUUAACGGAAAUGUUGAAAGUUGGGCCAUGGUGUCGUUUGCCCUUAACAGUACGUUGGUUAGAUUAUGAAUUUUUUAAUGAAUAUUCCGGUCAUAUUUCAGCUCCUAUGCAUAUGCCUACAUGUUAUGGAAAAGUGAUUUCUCGAAAGGUAAAAAAGACAGAUGAUAGAAAUGAAUCUUCUAUGUUUUGUUUUAUAUGUAGUCUGUCUUUAAAAAAAAAAGAAUUAGUUAGUUGUAUAAAACCUAGUUGUCCAUUGGUAGCUCACUUGAUCUGCUUAGCAGACAUAUUUUGCAAAAAUAGUAUGAUUUUACCAAUCGAAGGCACUUGUCCUGUUUGCAAUACUAAUGUUUUAUGGGGGGAUUUAAUUAGAAAAAAAGUUGGCUGCUAUGGAAAUCUUAAGGAAUGUUAUUCUAGCGACUAUGAUUAUAUGCGAAUUUAA